ACAAGCUGAUUGGUUGUCAGUUCUAACAAUAUGGAGUCUCUCGCCACUGUUCACGUUCUUGGGUACGGAAAGGUUGCCCCACUGCUGGACGUAACUGUGCAAUGUGUAGUGAAAAAUCUCUCAUCCAUGUGUAUUGAAAGCAUCACCCUGCUACCAGGCAACCUAAAAGACAAAUGUCUCUACCUCAUGUCAAAGAGGGGCUGUAUCACAGACACAAAUCUUCCAAAAGUGAUACAUGAAAAUCUGAAGGUUUUAGACCUGAGUGAAUCAGAUGUAUCAGAUGAAGGACUGAAUCACCUGUGUAAAUGUCCCCAGCUUCUAAAGAUAGAUCUCAACUCAGCAAAACAAUCUCGUACCAACAUCUCAUCUCAAGGAAUUAUCCAGCUAGCACAAAAUUGUCAUAACCUACAGACUGUCUACCUGCGAAGGUGUCUUAAUCUGACAGAUGAGGCUGUGAUCGCACUGUCUACAAACUGUUCACAGCUUCGUUACCUGAAUGUGGGUGGGUGUUCACUUUUGACGGACAGGUGUCUGGAGGCUUUAGGGGAAAACUCACGAUUUCUUAGGUGUCUCAAUGUGUCCAACACAAAGAUUACAGAUGCAGGGAUCAUGAAUAUAGCAACAGGUGCCUGUAACCAGUGUCUGAAGGAAGUCCACAUAAAUGGUUGUAAAGCAUUAACAGAUGAGUCAGUGGAAGCAAUUCUUCAAUUCUGUCCACAAAUCAACAUAUUCCUUUUCCACGGAUGUCCAAAAAUUACAGAGAUGGCAAGGGAGGCUUUAGAGAAUGUCACAUUGGAACGAGCUUCGCCCAUGAAGCAAGUGACCUGGACUAUUUAUUAAUUACAUCUUAAUCGCAUAUCCAUUGACCUUUGAUGACCUGAACCUUCUAUUAAGAGGGCAACUCAACCAGAUCAAGUGCUGUGUCAUUCAGAUGUUGAAAAAAAAUUCUAUAUAUUUGAUGCAUUUCCAAGAGGUGUUGGAAAUUUUUUGCUAUAUUUAUAUAAAGUUAUUGUUUUUCUACACAUUUUUUGUUUUCAUUCUUCCAUUUUACAUUAAAAAAAUAUGUAUUGAUCACAUACCUUACAGGUAAAUUUCAUAGGUUCAAAAUCAGCAGUGACUGUAUAGAUCUAAUAGAUUUCUAAAGAAUAUUAUUACUAAUGUGAAUGC